AUGAACUCAUAUAUUAGAGGAAACAACUUUGAAAUUGAAACUUUAAGAAUUUUCAUGAGUCAUGACGUAGAAGUUUACAGAAUAAGGAUCGAGAGCUCUUCGUGGGCACAUCUUGCGAAAGUUGCCAGUCAGGUACAACCUGCUGUGAACGUUCGAACACCGUUACCGAAAAAUCUGCACUGGCUUAAGCCCUGGACCAAGACCAGGGGAUGGUGGUGUGGAUCUUUUCGGAAACUACGAAGGAUUCUUGAUCUUGGUCCCGAGAUCCUACGUGACUUGGAAGGGGUUUUAUCGAGGUACCACAAUGGUACUACAAUUGGUAUCCUUGUAGUCCCUUUCAAGGAAAAUUAUACCGCUGGAACUAUAAGAAGAGCCAGAACAUCAAGAUAUAACAUAAUACUUACGGAUGUUAGAGAUUUAUAUCUUGAUCUUGUUGGGUUCGUUGAAGAACGACAGAUCGAUGGUCUUGUUCGUUUCAUUGAGGAACGAAUUCGGCUUGUCGAAGAAAGAUCU